AUGGGGGUGCAUUACGCAAACGGAGAUGUCUUGGCUAAGAUUCUAACGUCAAAAAAUGACACGGAGAAGAAAUCCUCUUUCAGAAGAACCAGGGACAUCACAUCCAUAAAGUACGCCACAUGGACUACACCCCACAUGGACUACACGCCACAUGGACUAUACGCCACAUGGACAUCACACUACAAUCGUGCCACAUGGACUACAAUCGGGAUAACUAGCCAAUCGAUCGACAACAGUCAGUCGGGACAACAGUCAGUCGGGAGAGAGUGCGUUCUUGGUAGAGACUUGUAUGAAGCCUGUAAUAAUUUUGUUGAAGUCAGUAAAACGGUUGCACGGGAUCUAAUGACGUUCAACCUCACUUCUCUGGAUGAGAUUACAUGUGCUCAAGACCCUCUCGUGCCGCUAAUAAUCGUUUCAGCAUUAAUGAGUUACCAGGCAGAGAUCCAAAUGCUUCUAUUGGCCGUGAAUCCCGCAAUAGCAAGGAUUAUUGCCCGCAUUAAGGGGUCUCAAGAUGAUACCGUCAAAUGCUUCAUUGAAACCGUCUAUGCGAUGAUGAAAAAUCCUAUCCAUGUUGCCAAAUGUCUGUCUGCUCUCACUGAUCCCGAGCUAUUCAAUUAUGUCAAGACUAAAUUACGUCUCCCUACCAUUGAUGAUGGUCUUUGUGGACUAGCCAUAAUUAUGACUAACAGACUGCACUGGUUAUAUAAUGCGUUGGUCCUCGAACCUUUAGAAAUAUCAACAGGUAUAGACGAUCCGGAAUUUUACUGCUACGUUAAUCAAUAG